AUGUCGGCCUUUGUUCGCGUCUCAGGACCGCCAAACAGUAACUUUCUGGUUGGCUAUCCAGGCAUAUCAGCAACACUCCCUCGCAUAGAAGGCAAGGUCGAGAUCCGGCCACUCAUUGGAGUCUCAGCGCCCGUCAAUGUCUCCCUCGUCACCAUCGCACUACACCGGCGCGAAACAAUACACCCGUCUGCCGACUCGGUCACGAAGAAGCACCUGGCAGCCCCGCGCAAGGAGAUUACCGACAUUGUUGGCAAGGAAAUGCUCCUAUAUCGAUGUUCACCUGGAAGAGAACACGAGAGCAUACUAUGCAUGGACCUCCCGUUCGUCAUCUUCAUACCCUAUGGGCGUGGUGGAGAGGAAGUAGCGAGGAGGGUACCGCCCGCCAGUCUACAACUACCUAGUCGGACAGCUGAGACAUUCUACGAACUCGUCGUGACAGUGCAACAAGGGCCUCAAGAACAGAAAAAGUAUCCUUUCGCAGUACCCAUACAACGAUACGACACCCUCUCAACAUUUGGCAUGUACAACCGACCAGAGAGCGCCGAACGAGUAACGGACCACCUGGUCACUCUUGGGAUCAGCCUGCCGAGAUGGAGCUACGGGCCAAUGGAUCCAGUCUCGGUAUACAUCAAACUGAGCCCUAAUCCCGACUGGCUGAGCAAGGCAAAGAAGGUUACGAUACAAAAAAUUACUGUUGGGAUUGACGAGGAGAUCAUCUUCAAUCACGAGGGAGACGAACCGACUCGCAAGGUCAAAACGUUGGCAAAAACACAGCAGCAGGUCGGAGUGAAGAUGCCUGAAGCUGGAUAUUUCACCAACCUCGGACUGGUCUUUCCCGCAAAAGAUUUACGAGACAACGCAGGUAUCAUACCUAGAGGGCAGAAAGAAUUCCCCAUGUAUGCUGUCACUGGAUUCACGACAACUGGUACUCUAUACAAAAUAGAGUAUUACCUCACAGUCAAGGCACAAAUGUCGUCAGCGAGGGAUAUUCUUCUCCGUCAGCCCAUCGUCGUUUGUCCGUUUGACCAUGCUGGCUGCAAAGAGGAGAUGGAGGCCAUUGAGCAGGCAGCCAAGGAUGCCGCACACGUCACACCCGACAACCCCAUGUUACCCGCCAGUACUAUUAUUCGAUCCAAUGACCCAGAAGGCUUGCGCGCACUCGGAAUUGCAAUCGUGGGAGGCGUACGGAAACCGCUCAUUGAGUGA